AUGUUGGCCUCGCCGCAGUCCCUCCAGACCCCUAAAACCGGGCGGUCGCGCUUCUCCAAGGCGUUGCCAGCUCCUCCUCCCGAGCUCGCCAACAACACAGCUCCUGUCCGGACGAUACCCGAGUCCACGAUGGAAACGACCGCAGACAUGUUUCCGAGUGUGCCGGCACCUCCGCCCAAGCAAGAGGAUGCAGCUGCGAGGCCGUUGAACUCGCCUCUGCCCCCGCUGCCCAUGCUGAAGAGGAAGGCCAACCCGCCGCCUCCCAUGUCUAUUCCUAGACGCCCUGUCGGCAACACGGUGCCUCCUGCUGAGAAGUCGCCUGCGGCUUCCAUAUCGAGUCUGCUGUCUGCCUACUCGCGGACUUCGGAAGAGUCGGUGGUCAAGUCUUCGGAAGGCACGGCCAGCACCAAGACGUCCUACAUCGCGACUUCGCCGAGCCAGGAGACGUCCCUGAGCUACCUCAAGCGCGACAGCAUCUUCACUCCUCUGUCGCUCCUCUCCUUUGACGAUGAGCCACAAAGACCCGCGGCGCAGGCUCAAAGGUCGCCUGUGGACGAAAGGGACAGCCCUGCGCCGCCGCCUCCCUUGAAGGAUCCGAAGCGGCCAUCGCCGCCGCAGCAGCAGCAGCAGCAACCGCUGUCAAAGACCACCGCACCGGCAGCCGAGUCUGCGCAGGCCAGCUCUCCCACAACAUCGUCCACACCCACCAAUUCCUCGCCCUCGCAGCUCUUGCGCCGCCGGUCCCUAAAAUCGGAAAAGAGCCUCGCACUGCCCGAUCUCAGAUUGCAGGUCAGUCAUGGAUCAACUGCGCAGUCACAAUUACCAGACGCCCCGCCCAGCAUCAGCCCGCUCUUCCCCCCUCAGCCCGCCUUUGCUCGCGAAGAAGCUGCCUCGCCACGGAUACCCCGUUCUGCUCCGCUCGGACUGCCCGGCCGCAACAUUCGCCCAGCAGUUUCGCAAGAGCAACUAGCUCAGCCAGCGCCAAGGAUGGGCGAGGUCGUGUCCAAGGUCGAGACCAAGGUCGAGUCGAGGUUGGCGAAGAAGGAUGCAAGGAGCCCCAUGACGGAACCGAAGCCCGAGGAGGCUCAGCAGCGUUCCCAAACGCCCAAGUCCCCGAUCAAGCGGCUGCCGACGCCCGAGUACGAGCAGCACGAUGUGCAGAAGCCGCUCGUGGAAACGAUCGUCUCCCCGGAAUCGCCAGCGUCUUCGCCAGAGCUCCCUUCGCAGGAGAAGGAUGCCGCCAAGGCACCGAUCUCGCGAAAGGCAAUCGGUGUAGGUCUGCCUUCCAAUGUAAGGCCAAUGAAGAGCAUACCCCAGUUUCCAACACCCCCGAGCAAGGCUCCCGAGAGGAGACUGAACGAGCCUCGACAAUCGCCCCAGCCGUCGCCACUCCCAAAAAGUCCCGUGCCGCCCGAGAAGGAUCAGACGCAGGUUCGACUCACGCCGCAGCCGUCCCCGCUCCCGAGGGGGUCCCCGCUACCAAAGAGCCCUGCGCCCAACCGAGCGACGCCGCAAUCGGAGACAGCACAGUUUCCAGCACGCACGACUUCGAGAGGCGUCGAACAGCCCGCCCCCGCUGUUCUCCGACGGGAGCCCGCAUCUCAGGUGUCACCAGUGAGCGACAAGGCUCCGGCGGCGGCGGAGCCAACUCGCAGCUCGAGCCAGGAGAAGAAGAGCCUCGAGACGAUCAGGGCCCCGCGCCCUCAGCUUUCUCUGGAUAUUUCAGAGCCUAAUCUCGGUUUCGACGCGAAGGAGGCGUCGCCCGCGGUCGACAUUCCUGCUUUCCCCCUGGCCUUCUCGAACCCGGAGCCGCCAGGCACGGUAUUCCCGGCGAAGCCGGUGGGCCAGAAGCACUUCCAGUGCUAUCAAGGCCACCGCAGCAUGGGCGCGGACAGGAACUUCAACUACCCGCUCGCUUGCCAGGUGUGCCUCAAGCAGGAUACAGAGGUGCGCUUCAAGUGCCGGUGGUGCUACCUGCGGAUCUGCCAGAGCUGCAUGGAGAUCUUCCAGGAGAACGGGCGGGACCUCAAGUACCUGAUCGACCACUGCCACGAUGCGAAGACACCCAAGGAGACGACGUCCUUCGGAGACGUGCUGCCACCAGUACCUGUCGCGCAAGGUGCGGACUAA